CUGUAUCUGAACAUAGAGAGAGGAGGGGUGGAUAGAGUCCGGCAGGUGAUAGAGAAGGUGUGAAAGAUGACAGUAAAAUUGAGACAGGUUGGCGAACGGACUGAUGCAAAUACUCUGAGAGAGGGCAUAGCCUUACUCGGCGCCAGGGAUUGCAUUUCUUCUUGUUGGCGAGUCCCUGGAGAAUUGGGACAAUCCUAACUCCAAUCACAACGUAAGGUUACCUCUGCAGGAUACCACAGAUGAGUGGGGCGAAGGUUGUGCUGCUUUUAGGAACGGAGCACGUCUGAAGCCGGUACCUAAGAAACGGGAAUUGGUUCUUUUCUCACGGACGACGAAAAUAAAGCCGACAGCAGGCUUCUAAAAGGAAUUGGAGGGCGGGAGCCAAUCAGCGGCCACAUCCUGCCGACAGUCGCUGCUUUCUGCCGGGGGCUGACAAACGGGGAGCUUCACGCUGACUGUCGGAGGAACUCGGUUCUUAGCCCAAGCCCACGGACAUCUGCACCCGGAGGACAUCCAUAUGGCAUUUAUGAAGACCACGCCGCAGGAACUCUGCACUUCCUGCAAUAAAACGGUGUAUCCCAUGGAACGGCUGGUUGCUGAUAAGUUUAUUUUCCACACCACCUGUUUCUGCUGUAAGCAUUGCAAAGCUAAACUGAGUCUGGGAAGCUAUGCAGCACUGCAAGGUGAGUUUUAUUGCAAGCCUCACUUCCAACAAUUGUUCAAAAGCAAGGGAAAUUACGACGAGGGCUUCGGUCGCAAACAGCACAAGGAACUCUGGCAGCAGAAGACGGCUGAGAGUGGCUCCAAAUAACCAUGAUGCUAUUGCAAGGGAAGGAGCAGGGGGCUAGCAGCUAACCAAGUGUGAAGCACUGGCACCCUGCCUCUCUCUAACUAGGGGCACAGCAGCAGCGAUUUGUUAAUUUGCUUUAAAUAGUGUGUAAUUUAGGGGCCAUUGCUAACAAGAGGGAAGGAUUGCUGUUAUUAUGUGUAGUAACAUCAUGUAAAGGGUCAUGGGGAUGUAGUAACAUAAACCAACCAGUGGUUGGCAGGGUUGGUACUGAUCCUGAAGUAUCUAAACCUCCCCAUGGGGAAUGUCAGGCCCCAGGGAGAGGCAUACUCUCUCCAUUGAAACCCCCGAUAUUAACAUCUAUUCAAUCUUGCUAAGCCAAGUGCAAGUUAACAAUGGAAUGGGGAGGGGGAGAGUAAAAUUGGAAAUGAAUUAGCCAAAAUUUCACAAGCCUAAUGACUGGUACUAUGAGCAAGAUGUCGCUCCAGUACUACCACCUAGUAACCAGAGCAAUUCUUCCCUCAUUUAUACAUUGCUAUGUCUUUGGAAUGAUAGCUCACCCUAGUGGGAACAGUUUGCAACUGCACAGAAUACUCUCAACAAUAUAUCUCUUUUUAAAUGGAGUGGCUUUGAUGCCAAAUAUUCUAAUUGUGCUUUAUAGAAAAGGAUUAUGAAGACACAGUGACACCUACAUAUCAGCUGUGACUGAUUUAUCUACUAAUGUUUUCAGUAGAACCUGGAGAACCAUAGUGCAUCACUUGCACAUCUUGCUACACUGUACACUUUCCUCAUUACUCAGAUAGCUAUGACCCAAACAUGAGUGUCCAGAUUACUUUUGUUUUGGAGCAACCCCUUCUACAAGCAGAGCAGAUCUGCAAACAAUUUUAGCUGAGUGUGUUGAACACUUUGUAGUCAGAUGUUUUAUUAGAAAACUGGAAUCUAGUUCCACUGCAGACCCUCACUUCAUGCACACUUCUCUAAUCCCACAUAUAUCUCCAAUUUGUACCCAUACUAGAGACAUCAUGUACACCCCAGCAAUGAAUAGUGCCCCUCUAACAGACUAGUAACCCUUCCCCACUAUAGUUAAAGCUAUUUCCACCUUAUUGUCCCAUCCUGAUAGAUGCCAGUGCCCUGCUAACACCUGAUCCCCAUGAUGCAGGUCAGUGCCACCCUGUUUCAGGGCUACAGAUUGGAAUUUUUAUCCCAAUACAGAAAGCAGACCUUCCCCGUCUCUCUGCAAUAUCUCCACCACCCCUUUCCAUUUAAUUACUGGUUGAAUAGCCAAUGAUUUAAAUUCUUAGUUUUAGUGAAGGCUUUGUCAUUUUCCCAGCUUUGGCUACGUUUUUGAAAAGGUUGCAUGUGAUUUAAGUGUGUGGGAUUUCAGUUGUAUUAAUUAUCACAAUGUGAUAUCACUGAAUUUCAGGGACAUCCUCAAGCACAGGCUUAGCAGAUGGAAUGCGUUUUUUUUUCAACUAAAACUGUGCCUCAGUUACAUGUUGAGAAUAAUAUUUUGGUACUUGAAUGUUUAAUGUCUGUGAACCUAUGCAUUUUAUACUACAGUUCACGUGUAAUUGAUCAUUUCCAGGUUUCAUUCAAAAAAGAAAUCACGUCUUUUAUAAACAGUUGCUCCAUGACCAACAUUAACAAACCAUCUAAGAUUACCUGUGUUACUCUCCCCACACUAUUAAUUAAAAGAACUAUACUACUGAAACCAAAGGCCAGUGUGAGACCUGGACCAAUGCCACUGUGAUUAACAGACGUCCUCUACUUUGCUUCAUGCAUUCAGCAAAAUGACAACAGUGUAGCACUCAGUGUUGCUGUCUCACAGUUCCAAGGACCCAGGUUCCAUCCUGAGCUCAGAUGCUGUCUGUGCAGAGUUUGCAAGUUUUCCUUGAUCACAUAAGUUUCCUCUGGGUACUUCAGUUUCCUCCCACGCCCUAAUUAAUUGUCUGUUGCAUAUAGCAACCUCGGCUAAAAUCAAAAUUAAAGCAGUAAGUUAAUAAGCUCGCAAACACGAGGAAAUCUGCAGAUGCUGGAAAUUGAAGCAACACACACAAAAUUGUGGUGGAACGCAGCAGGCCAGGCAGCAUCUAUGGGAAGUAGUACAGUCAACAUCUCGGCCCGAAACGUCGACUGUACUUCUUCCUAAAGAUGCUGCCUGGCCUGCUGCGUUCCACCAGCAUUUUGUGUGUGAAGUUAAUAAGCUGUAGGGAUAAUGGCAAAUAAGGGGAGAGGGGAAUUGGACCCAUCAGAUUUCUCUACUGGCAGUUGGAUGGGAACUAAUGGAGCAAAUGGCCUCCUCCUGGUCAAUACAAGAUCCCCAUUGAGAAGCAGGCAAGACAAUCAACACUUGUGCUGUAUACAGAUAAGGUGCGAUAGGAAUUGGCCAAGGUUACUUGUUCUUCCAUUUUAGAGGAAGCUGACUCUUGUGCUCUCCACUACCUAUCUCUUUUUCCAUAACUUCCAAUUGCCACCUUUUGUGUGAUGCAUUGAGAUUUGAAUGUGUGGCUGCCACCAAUGGAUUAGAAGUAUUAGAGUGUCAGCUGAAAUGAGGCCAGGUCCAAAACAAUGCCGACAUCACCAAGUAGACCAGGAGAAGGGAUGUUUUCUAUUCGCCAUUAUCUUUCACUGCUUACAUCUGAAGCUUCACCUCUUUCCACAGACAAUGGAAAUUUCCACACUAGUCCAGCAUUAUGCCCCAUCUUCUAUUAGUUAUACUUUUGGAUGAAGUGUAUGUCACUGAUAGCAACAAAUGCACCAAGGCUGUACCAAUCAUACACUUGCUCCACUUCAACCACUUUUAAAGGAGAAUGCGGUGCAUGCCAUUCCAGUUAAGCUGUUCAGUUUCCCUUGUUCAUGAUGAUCCUAUCCAAAUGGAGCAACUUGUUUUUGAGCUCUGGCUGCACAACAACUAAGGCCUCAUAGUCAUCUUGCACUUCUGUCUAUUUUAAUCACCAGUGUGGAGUGAAUUAAUUGCCUCCUGUUGAGGCUGCUGUAAUCUGCAUUCCUGUUACCCAGCCAUGUACUUUAACUUGCAUUUCUACUUUCACAGGAGUGAAGUACUCCUGUCCAGCUUCACAAUGCAUCCAGAUCUACUGUACAUCCACAAGAGAGCUGUUGUCUUUACAUGUUACAACUUCUCUGUGGAAUAAAAAAAAAAUGCUGCAAAAACUCAGCAGGUUAGGCAGUAGCUAUAUAAAGAAACAAAGAAUAUUACUGGUUGAAACCUUAGUCAAAACUGCUAUGCAGAAUGCCACCCUAGCAAUCAACACACACUACUCCUGACCUCCAACCACUUCUUCACCAUUUGUAUUGUGUGCAUCCAUGAGCUAAACACUCUUGGGUAAUGCAAUAGGGAGACAAUAGUAGGUUGUCAUUCAAACCCAGACUCAUUCUGCCAUUUAGUAAUGUUAUGGCCAUUUUGCCUGCCUUCAUGUUCCCUGAUGCUCUUAAAGUAAUUAAAAUUCAAUUGAUCUCAGGCUUUAAAAUUUCUGUGGCCCUUCAUGGCUUAUGCAUUCCAUUACUCUUUCUACAAACAGUUUUGCCUUAUUUUAUUCCAGCUGCCCACUACCAUUAAGUUUUAAGUUGCAUGCUUGAUCUAAUUUCCCCACCAGAAUCUAUAUUCACCCUAUAAAAAACAAACCUUUACUUGUUCUAAGCACAUACUGCUCUCGCCAACUUGAUGAGACAUGCCAAGUUUUCGCAGAUUAACAUUAAUGCAACCUGGAAACGGAGCUUAAUAAAAUGUGAUGUUAUGUUGAGGAAAAUCUAUAAUGCAUGCAUAAAUCUGUGAUCAGCAUUUUGGGACUUGGUGGUGUAUGAUGUCUUACCAAAGUGAAAAAUUGAGUGUUGUUUUGUAAUGGUUGCAUGAAUUUGUUAUAUUGGUGCUUCUUAUCUGUUCUUGUUAGCUUGUUCUCAAUAAUGCAUUAAGUGGGCCAGGAUUCCCCACUACCCAGUUUUAUUUGAUCUAAUCAAUAUUGAAAUUGGAAAUUACUAAUUAAAUAACAAUAACUGCAGUUACACAGCUUAUCCAUGGAUAUACUGGGCUUUGACUAGUACAUUCCAUAAAAGAAUUGCAAAGAUUUAAAAAAAAGAGUAAUGACAUCCAAACCCUUGUGGUUGGGGGCCUUGGAGUUGCCAAGACGGUACAGAAAACUUGAAUAAUGACCCAGUCUCCAACCAGAAGUCAACAUGUUGAUGUAGGAUGGAUGGGAUGGAGUUGACUUGAUGCCAAACAACCUGCGAGCUUAAUUUAGAAAAACUGCAACAAGAUUAGGUUCUCGUUUUGUGUGCAGCUGCAGUUGACCCCCUUCAGGAGGAGGAAAAGACCAGAAAAUAAAAUCAUUUUCAGGUAUUUGCUGUUUGCACAAUUUUUGUUUAGAGGUCAGAAAGAAGCUGGCAAUUUGCUCCAAGACGUAGGCAUCAGACUACAGUGAACUGAGCAUUAUUUACCAAACAACUUCUGAAACAAUCCCAUGUUAUAUACAUUGAAUGUGAAUGGCCUAUUGCAUUUGGCCUGCACCAAGUAUUAAUGGGCCAUUAUAUACUGCGUUUUGAACUAACCCCCAUGAGAUAUACGGGUCUAAAUUUGCUAGUACACAUUGCACGCAUUACUGUGAAUUGUCACACAUUACAGACACAAAAUGUGAAUGAAGGCUAUGUUGUUAUGAUCAGAGUCUGACCACAUCUUAUUUUGUAUGUCAGUAAUACAGUAUAUGGUUGUCACAAUUGCCUCUUCUACUUGCAAUUGUUGUAUUCUAAUGUAAUUCACUGCCUUUUUGGUCACUCUGCAUUCCACUAACACUCCUGAAGGAAGCUGUCACUGGUAGAUUACUGCAUUUACAAUAUAUUUUACCCAGUAGAUGUUCCCCGAAUAUACAUGCCUUAUAAAUAUUGUAUGUUUGUAUCUCUUUUUACUGUUUCUAUAUCUCUGAUCACGACUGUUAAAAGUGCUGCUUUGAAUCUGUGAAUGCACCUCUGCUUUACAAAUGUUAGAGUUUUGACAUUAAAAUAUCCAU